GCUGCCUGCAGUCCUGGCGCCGCGGCGGGGCCGGGUCGGGAGGCGCCGGGGCGGGUCUGCUGAGGUCGCUUCCUGGGCCAGUCAGGUCCGCGGAGUGCGAGGGACCGCUUGGCGCUUCCACCUUCAAGGUGGUUCAUCUGUGGCAUACAGUGCGCCUGGCAGCAGCUGGCGUUAUGAAAGUGCGUGGUGGUUGUCACUUCUCAGAGUGGUGUCAGAAGUUCCCAGGCGCUACCUCGAGUACUGCCGAAUCACGUGGAAAAGUACUCUGUUUCCGUCUUCAAGUUUCAGACCUGAUGAUGAUGAGAAAGGCUCUUGAUGGUGCUGGAGGCAUGAAAAAAGCGGUGUCGCUGAUAAAUACACUAGAUGUAGGAAGAUUUCCACGAUUGCUUACCCGAAUUCUUCAAAAACUUCACUUGAAGGCUGAGAGAAGUUUCAGUGAAGAAGAGGAAGAAAAACUUCAAGCUGCAUUUUCUCUAGAGAAACAAGAUCUCCACCUAGUCCUUGAAACAAUAUCAUUUAUUUUAGAACAGGCAGUAUAUCACAACGUGAAACCAGCAGCUUUGCAGCAGCAAUUAGAGAACAUUCAUCUUAGACAAGACAAAGCAGAAGCAUUUGUCAAUGCUUGGUCUUCCAUGGGUCAAGAUACAGUUGAAAAGUUUAGGCAGAGGAUUCUGGCUCCCCACAAGCUAGAGACAGUUGGAUGGCAGCUUAACCUUCAAAUGGCUCACUCUGCUCAAGCAAAACUAAAAUCUCCGCAAGCCGUGUUACAGCUAGGAGUGAGCAAUGAAGAUUCAAAGAGCCUGGAGAAAGUUCUUGUGGAAUUCAAUCACAAGGAGUUGUUUGAUUUCUAUAACAAGCUAGAGACCAUACAAGCACAGCUGGAUUCCCUUACAUGAUGUUUUUGAAGACUGGUUUCUCCAUCACACGUGCACCACCUCAUUAUUUUGCAUUGAAGAAAGAUUGCCUGGAUGUAUUUUCUGGAGGAUUCAGUGACUUACUUUCUAUAAAUUAUACAGCUUAUCACUUCUUAGACAAAUAACAGCCAAGGGAGAUCACUGUUAAGAGCAGCGAGGUUCUAAUAUACUUUCUCUAGUUCUGUGAGCCAAUAGCAAUUGUUAAAAAACACUUUUACUUUAGAGAAAUCAAAAGUGAAUACCAUAUUGUUUUUACUGUCAUGUUGUUGCUUCACUUCUUUAUUUUUUACAUGCUUCAUGAUACCUUUAUGUAUCAGAAAGACCAUAGACAGUAUAAUGGGUAUCUUCUAUUACAUUAAUAAAAUUUAAGAAAACAACCAUAUGCAAAGGCAUUAUGUCAUUUUUCCUAUGAUGAAUGUAUUUUACUUGAAAAGUAAUAUCAGAAAUAAAUUUAAAAUAGAACUAGUAAUGGUUUAAUAAUAGUCCUGGUUUUGUGUGCUUUUCUUUGUACCACAGAUUAAUAAUGAUUUAUUUCUUAGUGUGGGAGACAGAUUUGGAUCAUUAAUAAAAACAAUAGUAAUGAGUGUUAAAUGGGCAUUCUUAAAAUUUCAAAUCAGAUAUCUUUUGUAUUCUCUUUCUGUAUGUUAAUUGGUUUCAGUCAAUAAAAUUUUUAUUUUGGGGAAUUAUUUGAACUGAAGUGUGCAGUAUUUUUAUUUUAUGUAUUUUAUAGUAUAUUUUAUGAUAUGAAUUUGUAUAAAUGUGAGUUUGAUUGCCUGUCAAAAAAUCAAUUGAAUUUUUUAUGAAUGAAAAUACGUAUUUUGUAUUUUUUUUCAAUGGGAGAAGUAGGGAGAGAGAGAAGUUCAAAUAUAACUUUUUUCACGUGAAGUAAUUUGAUUUAAGAAAUGUCCUAAAGCUCAAAAAAUUAAAAUUGAAGCACAUUUGCCAUAUGUAGUAAUCUGAGUAAUACAAUCAUUAAAUGUCUUUCAAAUAAAUGUUCAGUAUGUGGAAUUUA